UGAUGUCACUGCGUUGGUUUUGUAUAAGUACAGCUCACUUACCUCUCUCUUUACGAAUAACUUGAAACCAUAAUUAACUGCACCAUACACAAGAUACUACGAAGUCAUCAUGGACACCUACAAAGACACUUUCCAGCUCCCCCGCAUCAAGGGCCAACCCCUGCAUGUCCUCAUCGUCGGCGCUGGCAUCGCAGGCCUUUCCGCCGCCCUGGCGAUCCAUAAAACCGGCCACAAAGUGACCAUCCUCGAACGGGUGCGGGAAAUCGCCGAGGUCGGGGCGGGCAUCCAGAUGGCGCCGAAUGCAGCGCGGAUUCUCGGUCGCUUGGGUCUACUGGAGAAGGUCAUGGAGAAGGCGAAUGUGUUGGAGAUGAAUUCUCUCCGACGGUAUAAGAAUGAUGAGGAGCUGGGGAAGGCGGAGUUGAUGCCUUCUGUCGGAGAAAAGUAUCACGCUCCCCUUGCAGUCAUCCAUCGCGGCGACUUGCAAAGUAUCCUGCUUGAGGCGGUACGGUCGGAAAAUAUCCCCAUUCGAACUGACUCGCGAGUUGUCUGUGCGGCGCCCGAUUUCUCUGCGCGCGUGCAGCUUCAUACCGGGGAAUGGGUAUCCGGGGAUGUUGUUAUCGGGGCGGAUGGGAUCAAAUCCGAUCUGCGACACCAGAUGGCGGCGCAACAUGGCGUUCAGGAUAUUUGUCGGCCGACCGGGGAUGCGGCGUACCGGAUCCAGAUCCCUGAGGAUAAAUUGAAAGGGGAUCCGCGGGCGCGGGAGUUACUGAAAAAGAAUGUCGGGAUGCGGUGGAUGGGACCGGGAGGCCAUAUUAUGGCGUAUCCGAUGAAGAACAAUACCGUGUAUAAUAUGGUGUUGUUGCAUCCGCAGAAAGAAGGCGCGGAGACGGAGGAAAGCUGGACGAAUAAGGGAGAUAAACGGGAGAUGGAGGAAUUUUAUUCCGAGUGGAAUGAACUCGUUCGCGAUUUAUUGAGUUAUGUUCCGGAUGGGGAGGUGAUGGAGUGGACGCUGAAUUCGCAUUUUCCGCUGCCGACGUGGAUUGAGAAUCGCGUGGUUCUGAUGGGCGAUGCGUGCCAUCCUAUGCUGCCGUAUGUGGCGCAGGGAGCGGCGCAGGCGAUCGAAGAUGCUGGGGUGCUCGGGUGUGUGUUGGCCUUGACGGACAAUAUCGAUAGCGCAUUGGCGGUUUAUGAGCGGGUACGAAAGGAUCGCGCCGAACAGAUCCAGAAGAGUGCGGCAGUAACACGGAAAGCGCUGCAUUUGCCGGAUGGCGAGGAACAGCGCAAGCGCGACGAGGCUAUUCGCGGCCCUGGGAAGAAUCCGGAUCUUUGGGCGGAUAAAUCCUGGCAGGAUUUCAUGUGGGGUACGGAUGUCAUGAAGGAGACCGUCGACAACUUCGACGAUUUGGUUGCUCGCAGUCACGGAUACCAUCCACAUGCGUUGAAUGCGGUGGCUUAUUAGGAUGCUUCUUUUUGUGAUAAAUCCGACCGAGGGACCUGUCAAUAAUAACAAUGGUGGAUAUCGUGAGAUUCGGCGACUCCGUGGAAUUUUACAUC